AUGUUUAACAGUAUUUUUGAAAAAGAUAAAUUUUCUUCAAAAACCGCCACAGCUCGUUUAUUUCCUAUGGCACCAAAAUAUACAGAGGAGACUGAAGCUAAGCUUAAUAAGUCCCUCGACGAGGUUGGCAGAAAGGACCGCAAGGAAAAGAAAGAUAAACAACAGAAGAAGGAUAAAAAGGAUAGAAAAGAACAACCAAAGAAGGACAAAUUAAAGGAAAAGAAAAUUUCAAAGAAGGUUGUUAUCUCUGGUUCAACAAUGAGAAAGCUUUUCUCUGCUGCAGGAAAAACAAAUGAUAUUGACGAAUUUCCAAGUAUCAACGUUACUUUGUCCAUUAAGAAGAAAUAA